GUUACUGAAUGGCAUGCCUCCGUAGCAUUCAUGUUGCAAAUAGAUGGCGCCAGUACGGCACUGCACGCAAGGCAUACAUGAUGUGUACAUGCACCCCAACGCAAAUGCGUGACAGCGUUCAUCAUGCGCUGCGGCCCAGCGCCGUCUGCUAGAAACUUCUACAGCGCCGGGGUCCUGGCCACUAACAGCCCUGAAGCUGGAUCCACUGCAGAGCUCGAGUGCCUGCAAUCUCCAAAAAAAGAACAAGAAUGGAGGGGCAAAAUUGCCGAUGGAGGGGCAGCCAGAGAAACUGAUGUCAGCUCGAAUCGAAUGUUGCGAAUGAUCAAGUUGGGCUGAGAGGCUCGGCAUCAGCCCAAGCACGGCCGCCUGGAUGAAUUGAUGGCUUGAAUAUUCCAAUUCCAUUCCUGCUCUGUAGUACAAGAUUGACAUCCGUCACUAAAGAUAGCCUGUGGCUGUCACUGUAUCAUCUGCCUAGGCAUCCAGCAUCAGGUCUUGAUUAGGUCAUUCACAGCUAUCAGCAGCUGCGUAACAGCUCUCGACUGCUUCUCCUCGUUCCACCUGAUUCUCUUCCUCUUCCUCAUUUCUUUUUUCCUUCAAUCUUUCUUCCCUCGGUUUAGUCUCCCUCUCUUUGUCUUUGUCCUCCCUUCUCCAGCUCAGAUACAGAGAGUCAAAGCUUUGGCUCUCCAUCGCUAGCUUGACCCCGCAUCACUGUAUCUAGAGAACCGGAAGGAAUCUUCGCAGCCUUCUUUCGGCCAGGCACGACUCGCCAUCUUUUAGGCAUCGCAAACUCACCCUCCACUUCCCUCUUCCUCAUUACCUCUUUAUUAUUCUCCAGAGAAUCAAUUGGCCCUCUUCGCCACCCGUCGCUCUCCCGCCAACUUAUUCUCUCUCUUCCUUCUCCACGACAUCACCAUCAUGGCUUCUGAAACCGAGACCAAGGCCACACGGCCGCGCGUCUUCUUCGACAUCACUCUGGGCGGCAAGCCUCUUGGCCGCAUCAACAUGGAGCUGUACUCUGACCUUGUCCCCAAGACAGUCGAGAACUUCCGUGCUCUUUGCACUGGCGAGAAGGGCCUGGGCAAGUCUGGCAAGCCUCUGCACUACAAGGGCUCUUCUUUCCACCGAGUGAUCAAGCAGUUUAUGAUUCAGGGCGGUGAUUUCACAGCUGGAGACGGCACUGGCGGCGAGUCCAUUUACGGAGCCAAAUUCGAGGACGAGGCUUUCCCCAAGAAGCACGAGAAGCCAUUCCUUCUGUCCAUGGCAAACGCUGGUCCCAACACCAACGGCUCCCAAUUCUUCAUCACCACUGUCCCCACGCCGCAUCUGGACGGUAAGCACGUGGUCUUUGGUGAAGUCCUCAACGGCAAAUCCGUUGUCCGCCAGAUCGAAAACGUCCGCACCGAGGCCGGCGACCGACCCUCGAAAGAAGCCAUCAUUGCCGACUGUGGCGAGCUCUCCGGAGACGAAGCCCUCAGCGCUGAUGUCAAGCAGCCCGACGCCCUCGGCGACCCCCACGAAGACUUCCCCGAGGACUGCUCUACGCCUCCCGACGCCCCGACCACCUACAAGAUUGCCUCGGACUGCAAAGAUUUCGGUAACAAGGCGUUCAAGGCGGGUAAUCUUACCCUUGGUCUCGAAAAGUACGAAAAGGGUCUGCGAUACAUCAACGAGGAGCCGGAACUGGACGGCUGGCCUGAAGGCAAGGUCAAGCUCGAUGCCCUGCGCUUCUCUCUCAACAACAACUCUGCUCUCCUACACAUCAAGCUGGAGGCCUGGGCCGAUGCUGCCCGCAGCGCCACCGCCGCUCUCGCCGUCGGCGGCAUUGGCCCUGCAGACCGCGCAAAGGCUUUCUACCGACGUGGCUUCGCGAACGUGCGCCAAAAAGACGAGGAAGGGGCCUUGGAAGAUCUUGAAACGGCGCACAAGCUUGCACCCACUGAUCCUGCUGUCAUCCAUGAGCUGAAUACCGUGCGAACUAAGGCCGCUGCUCGGGCAGCCAAGGAGAAGGCUGCGUACAAGAAGUUUUUCCAGUAACUGAAAGGCGAAGAGUGUAAAAUGAAAGUGAAAAGAAGAAUAUAAAAAAAAUCAAGGAAAUCAACCACGGAAGCUUGCAAGAUUGUUGCGAUGAAGAGAGAAAAGUCUCGAAAGUUUUACUAAAGCAUGGGAGGCGUAAAGGUUAGAAGAAUCAGGCACGGAUUCGUGGAAGGGGAAGAUACCACAAUAGUCGAGUCAAGAACAAAAAGGUUCAACGAAAAAAAGUAUCUCAACAUCAAAUAAAGCACAUAUAUUUGUAAACAUCUACCACUGCGUAAAGGUGAUGAAGCAAGCUCUUAUUCUAAUCGGUAAGAAGCAAAAGUAUAUGUAAUGAUUGCCCAUGUAAAUCGGAAUAAAAAGGGGAACUAAAGCCAAGUUUUAAUGCACAUACAACGGAAUGCUGCUGUUUAUUACACAACCAUUAACACACUCACGUAUAAACACACACAUACAGACGCAUAUUCAUAAUAUACUUUUUUCUCUACAAUCUCACGCAGAGAGACUUUUUCACCCAACGAUUAUUUCUUUUCGUCUUGUAUAUCAUGAACGCAAAGGGUAGGGAAAAUGGAGAAAAUCAAGAGAAAAAGAGACCGAGACCGAGAAGAUACAAUAACAGCGAGAGUCAAAAGUGAGACCAAAAAGAAAAUGGUUUUUAUUCUUCUUUUUUUCCCUUCUUCUUUCCCUCCCCAACCUAUAUAUAUAAAUAUAUAUAUAUAUAAUAUACAUCUACUCAUGCCGCACAUUACUAUCAAUGACAAUGCAAAAAGCGAUGAAUACCAACUUUCCCCUUCCCCUUUCCUUCCUCUUCCACCGCUCCAACUACAUAACUCAGGGGGAAUACAAGAAAAAAAAAAGAAGAGAGAAGGGGCGGAAUCAAAGAGAGAGAAAAAAAAGUGUUUUCACCAGUGGGGGGAAUGUAUGCAUGCAUGUUGAUGUUGUCAAGUAACGUAUAUAUAAAGAAAACGAGAGAAAGAGAGAGAUGGCCUCCUGUGAUAUAAAGUUUCCCCAUAUCAAUCCUUAAGGGGAGGGGAAAAAACGACAAUCUGUUUUGGAAAGAAGAAAACGGGAGAUGAAAAAAAGAAGGAGACGAAAAAAAAGUAAUGACUAAAAAAAAAAAAAAAGAGCGUAACGAAAGACGAGGGGAGUAAAAGCUUUCGCCAGCUUUCUCCAUGCAAAGAGCCCUUAAUUCCCAACACCAUUUUGUAUAUCCAACCGGAAGACGUCUAGAAAAAAAUGACAAGAGCUAAGUGAUAAAAUAGUCUGACAAAAAGUGCAAAAAGAAGAGAGGAGUUCCAAAUCUACUUGUAAAAAAGAUGGAAUCUUUUACUCUCUCUCCUUCAGGUGACUGGCAGCUGGUUGAUAUCCCCACGUCCAAGUCAUGGUAUGUGUAUAUACGUAUGUAUACAUCCGAAGAAAAGAAAAGAAAAUAUGAUGGGAAAAAGAAAGGGAAAAAAGUAAAGGCUUUUUUUAUCGUUGCCCCUUUGUGUCUGGACUCUCAGAUCUUACACCGCCAAUUUUCAUGAGGCCGCUUAAAAGAGUCCUGCCGACUUUUCCAUUCUUCUGCUUCGCAUUUCCGCUGGCUGAACCACUCGAGUUUCGGGGGCUGUUGCCCUUUUUCGUGUCUGCGUCAUCCCUUCCGCGCUUCAAUUCUUUGCUGCGUCUUUUCGAGCUUAAGUCGCCGCCUCCAUCGCUGCUGGAGCUUCCGGGAGCUUGCUCGUAGCUACUAGGCUUAGAAGCUGGACUUCCAACGUAAUACGGG